AUGUCAUUGAAGUAUAUCGACAACGCUAGAAAGAUACUCUGUAUCGGCCGUAAUUAUGCUGCCCAUAUCAAGGAAUUGAACAGUGCUAAACCCCAACAGCCAUUCUUUUUCCUCAAACCUUCUUCAGCCGUGUUGAAGCCAAACGCAGGCCCAUUUUUAAUUCCAAAAGGUACGGUUGUCCACCAUGAAGUUGAAUUGGCAUUCACUUUGAAUCGUGAGUUGAAGAAUUUGCCAGAUACAUUCUCGGCCCAGGAUGCACUCGAUAGUAUUGAAGGAUAUGCAUUGACAAUUGAUAUGACUGCAAGAAAUGUGCAAGAUGAAGCAAAGAAAAAGGGGUUGCCUUGGUCGAUUGGGAAAGGAUUUGAUACCUUUUUGCCAGUGUCAGGUUUCAUUCCAAAGGAAAAGAUACCUGAUCCAUAUGAUGUGGAGUUGAAAUUGACCAUCAAUGGCGACGUUAAACAGAAGGAUCGGUCUGAUUUGAUGAUAUUCCCAAUACACAAGAUCUUGAGUUACAUGUCAAACAUUAUGACUUUGGAAAAGGGCGACUUGAUCUUGACGGGAACACCUAAAGGUGUUGGUCCAAUUGUUGAUGGUGAUGUAGUUGAAGCUACAUUGAGCGUUGGGGAAAACAUUAUUGAAUCUAUCAAGAUCAGUGCCGAGACCAAGCCUGGGUACUAUGUGUAUAAAGAAACAUAA